AUGCCUAAUUUUACUGGAGCCCUCUGCAAUUACACUAUUUCCACCGUAGUACCCCAGACAACAGAUUGCUCUCUACCUGCGCUUCUCCUGCCUUUCUCUCUCCCCCGGAGGCCCUCUGGAGGCCCCCGCACAACACGAGCACGGAUUCGCCCUACGUUGCACAGUGGGGGCACCAUAGCUACAGCCUCCAGCCUUUUACUGGAAGCAAAAAAAGCAAACUCGACGGAUAGAAGCCCAGGAACCCCCCAAGAAAACACUGCAGCUCCCUGUGGAAUCAUCACAAAGAGAUUAAAUUCUUUCGCGUCCGUCAAUUUCCUGGCAAAUUACACACAGAGACACCCGCAGGAAUAA